UCCCCGCUGCUCCGGCCAUGGCGGGCCUGGUGGUGCGACCCGCCAAGGGCUACCGGGUGGUGCUGCUCGGGAGCGUGGCCGUGGGCAAGACGGCGCUGGCCACGCAGUUCGCGUGCGGCCGCUUCCCCGAGCAGUGCGAGCCGUCGGUGGAGGAGCUCUUCAGCAAGGUGAUCGAGGUGAACGCGGCACCCGCGUUGCUGGAGAUCGUGGACACGGUGGGCGCCGAGCACCUGGUCACCCUCAAGGACCUCUACAUCAAGAACAGCGACGGCUUCGUUGUGCUCUACAGCGUGUGCAGCGAGGCCUCGUUCGAGGCGGUGCGGCCGCUGCGCGAGCGCAUGGGCCGGCUGCGAGGCCCCAAGGCGGUGCCGCUGGUGCUGGUGGGCACCAAGGCCGACCUGGACGCCCAGCGCCAGGUGCUGACGGCGCGGGGCCGCGCGCUGGCACGCGAGUGGCGGUGCCCGUUCCUGGAGGUCACAGCCAAGAGCAAACUGAUGGUGGACCAGGUGUUCACGCAGGUGGUGCGCGAGAUGGAGGCCCUGGCCCCGCCGCAGGCCGAGGUGGCGGACGCCCCCCCCAGUGCCCAGGAUACGUGGCCAUCGGAAAGAUUCAUUGGCUGACGUGCACGGGUGACUUUUUAACCUGCUCUCCGCUUUCGCUGACUUCCGGAGCUCAGGAUUGCUACCCAGUGCCUUUUUAAAGAAAGUUACCGAGCCGAAAACAAGUGUUUACUUCUAUAUGUCAACUCUGAUCGGUGCUUCAAGCUGUCUGCAGAUCUUUCUUCACUAUUUGGUGAAAACUCUGUUUAUCUCCGACAGUGCUGUAAGAAGAAACUAUAAUAGCAUUCUUUUUUUCCGUGUAUGGAGAGAGCGCCGCGCAGUUCUUCAGGCGGAAUCUGCUAAUGGACGUUGUAUGCACGUGUGUAUGUGACAAUCAACACCUGAGUGUCAUUCGAUAUUUGAAUUGACUGAGGAGCACGAAUUAAAGAGUUUAAGCUUUGAUUCCAUGAGGUUUCCAUGCGUUUCCCUCUCCUUCACUGCACUGAAUUGCAGCAGUAAUAUUUUCCUCUCUGUGUAUUUCUAAAUAUAGGUAUGACAUACAUAGCACUGGUUUGAAAAGGGAUAUUGUGUACCCCGGGAGAACAACUGUGUGCUCGCAAAGAUAGCUCAGCUCUGUCUUUUUGUAACUGACAUCUAGUCCAUUUCUGCAUCUGUAAAUUGAGUGAAAAUAAAAUUACUUUAGAAGUCGGUCAUUUUUAAUAUUUGUCUUUCUAACGUUUAAAUCUAUAAUUUCUAAAGUUUUCCUACACUGUCUCUGCCUGUCAGUUAUUUUCCAGGAAACAAGUUAGCACAUAGAGAAGACGGCAGCACAUCUGGUGUGUUCUGCAAAAGUGCCUCAGCAGCCAGUGUUACUUACCGGCCAGGUUACGCUACCUUGUCUGAAUACCUGCAGAGUUUAUGGUGACACAAAUACUGAAAUAGAAGCAAAACAAGAAAGAAUCAUUUUGUACGGUUUUCACAUAACAGAUUUUUCUUGCACUGGCUUAAAAAUAUUGUUUUAUAAUUUUAAAAAAACUUAUCUUUGGUAUGAGUUGUGUUUAUUUCCACAAGUUAGUUUUACCUCGCCUGCUAUGACAUAUUUUCCAGAUUUAGGUACCCAAUCUAACCAUUUGAACAUCUUUCUGAAAAAAAUAAACAAGAAAGCUCAAAA